AUGUCGGAAACAUGCCCUGCCUGCAACAAAAAGCUCGCAUCAAUAACUGGCUAUAAUCGGCACCUUGCCAAAACCACCAAUCCAGCUUGUCGUGCCCUCUACCUUGCCUCACAGCAAUUUCAUUCAAGUCCGCCUGCUCCAGAUCAACAGGAUAAUGAGUUCGACAUGGAUAUUGGAGAUAUACCUGACCCGAAUCAAUCGCCGCCACACUUUGAAGGUGAUUUCUUUGGGAUAUAUGCUGAGGAUGAACUUGAGUGGCCAGCGGAAUUUGGUGAUGGAGGGGAUGCGGACAAGACGCCUGUAGUAGAAGAAGAAUCAGAAGACGAGGGUGAUGCUCACGACAAAUGGGAACCUCCGUUAUUUGCAUCACCUCACAAUACACAUGAGGAAGAUAACGAAGAUGAACAUGAUGCAAAAUUGCAAGGUCCCAGCUCAACUGCUUUCUCAGAGCUUAUUUCUAUUGAAGGUCUCAGUGAAAUGAUUGGUCUCUCCUUCAAGAACGCCCGUGAAUUGAAUAAUAUCAUUGAUCAUGAACUUCCAGGCCAUCCGAAGUUUAAACGAGAGCAGAUAAUCAUUGCCAAUGAAGCGUUCGAUGUGUACUAUCGUGAUAUCAUCGAGUGUAUCAAAGCUCUCUUCAGCGACCCGAAUUUUGCCGACUUUCUUGUAUUCGCACCUGAACGCCACUAUGCUGAUGAAGAUGAGACAGUUCGUUUGUAUAACGAGAUGCAUACAGGUAAAUGGUGGUGGAAUAGUCAGAAACACCUGGACCAUGAGUGCCCUGGCGCAACAAUAAUUCCCGUCAUCAUUUCAUCAGACAAGACACAAGUCACAUUGUUUCGUAACAAGACUGCAUAUCCUGUUUACAUGACAAUCGGAAACAUUCCCAAGGAGAUCCGUCGAAAGGUGUCACGCCAAGCUCAUGUCCUUCUUGCAUACCUACCAACCACCCGCCUUGAACAUGUCACCAAUAAAGCUUCUCACCGCUGCAUGCUCGCUAACCUAUAUCACGCUUGUGUGGGGCGUGUGCUGGCUCCACUUGCAGCUGCAGGCAUUGACGGAAUCAACAUGCGAAGUGGCGACGGGGCUAUGCGUAGAUGCCAUCCCCUGUUUGCAUGCUUUGCAGGAGAUUAUCCAGAGCAGGUGUUAGUAACUGGAGUCAAGACCACUCAAUGUCCAAGCUGUGAUGUUCCCUCAGAUGAGCUCGGUCUUGCAGCAGGUGCCGCAAACUAUCAACCGCGAGACUUGAACGCAGUACUCAAUGCCCUCAGCGCUCUUGAUGAAGGUGGAUUAGCCUUUGUUCGUGCAUGUGCAGAGGCUGGCAUCAAGCCCAUCGUUCACCCAUACUGGGAGGGAUUACCGUUUGUCAACAUAUUCGAAUCUAUCACCCCCGACAUUCUACAUCAAUUGUACCAAGGACUUGUCAAACAUCUCCUUGCUUGGCUUUCAGAUGCGUGCGGUAGUGCAGAGAUUGAUGCUAGAUGUCAGCAUAACCAAAUCUGCUGUUUCUUACUUGGGAUUAUCAUUGACAUCAGACUACCCAACAACAUGUCUUCUGCCCGGCUCCUCCGCACUGUUCGUGGCCUGUUAGAUUUUUUAUAUCUUGCCCAAUAUCCUUGCCAUAGUUCAGAGACACUGAUUUUACUGGAUGAGGCACUUGAUCUCUUCCACAACAACAAGGACAUUUUCAUCGACCUUGGCAUUCGGAACUCUUUCAACUUGCCAAAACUCCAUUUUGCGCUUCACUAUGCUCACAUGAUUCGAUUGUACGGUACCACAGAUAAUUAUAACACCGGGUACACCGAAUGCCUCCACAUCGACCUUGCUAAAGAUGCAUUUUCCUGCCAUGAGAAAUAUAUACAGUGGAGACUUGCAGGCACCCCACAUCACCCAAAUCAUCACCCUCGACCUCCAGAGAUGUCAUUUUGUCGCACUCAGACAAUGACCAAGCUUCCAAGUACAAACUCGCAAACUGAAUAUGGUGCUACAUACUUUCGCAAAUCUCUCGCACGUUUCAUUGUGAAAGCAACACUUCCACCGAACACUACCAUCACAUCUAGGCAGCUCGAAGAUCGAGCUGCUGACGUGAAUGGCCAUGGCAAUACUCCGGUCACACUUGAUAGUGUGCACGCACGUCCUGGACGUUCAAGGCCAUUUGCCUCAGACAGUGUUGCUUCUCGAUUCGAUACUGCAUUCAUCAAUGACGGUACAGGUGGGCCGCUUGGCAUCAAAGGAUAUCAAAUAGGACAGGUCCGCGUUAUGUUCUCGAUCCCUCCCAAAGCUCUUGCUAUACUCUUUCCCCCAACAUUCCGGCCUCCUAAACACCUCGCCUAUGUCGAGUGGUUCACUGCUUUCCAUGCACCUGAGCGCAACCAUGGCUUGCGCAAAGUCUCGCGUGUCAUCAAAGAUGGGGAACGAAUAGCAAGCAUUAUACCGGUCAGUAACAUUCAUCGUAGUGCACAUUUAAUUCCGCAGUUUGGUUCCACUGCUCCUCGUGAAUGGAGUUCUGCCAAUGUCCUUGAGGAGUGUCCAACAUUUUUUGUAAAUCCGUACUUAGAUAGACAUAGCUUUGUAACUCUGCGCUAA